AUGGCUGCAAGUGAGACGUCGCCGCUGCUGCAGCUCCGCGCCCAGCGCCUCCGCCCGCCGCUGCGUCGUGCACUGUACGCAAUCGUCGCGCUCGUGCUCGUCGCUGCCGUCGUGAUCGUCUGCUUCCUCGUCCGCAGCUCCCCGUCGAGUACCUCCCAAUCGACGGCACGGCCUGCAGCGCUCUCGACUGCUGAGCUGCUGGCAAUGCGGCCGCCAUUUGCCGAGAAGGUGCACCCUGUGCCCCCGAAACUCGUGCGCGAUCGGGACCACGUUGGCCAAUCGCUGCCAACCAAUGCGUUCUGGUCGAACUUCCUUGUUGCAGACGGCCACGGACUCAACGCUGGCUGUGGCGAGGUCACCUUAAGUCCGUAUACAGUCCGGAGCUUGCCAAAGCGACUGGAAAUCUCGUACGGAGACUCGCGUCGCGUGGCGACACAGGACGCGAUCACAGAGUACUUUAACGUCGACGUGAGUUUCGCGGCUUAUGGGUUCACGAACGAUGCGCCUGGUGACAAGGACAGGAGUCCAGUUGAAGUGCUGGGGCACGGCAAGAGCACGUCUCGACGCGUCGUGGCCUUUGAUGUCUUGUCGGUCACGUUGCAAUACGAUUACGGCAGCGAGAACAAGUGGAUGAAGGCGCCGCUCGUGCGUGGCUCGCCGUACGUCACGGUCGAGUACCAAAACGUAGCGCCCGUGGUGGAGUUGAACGCUACUAUCAUAGCUGUCAAUGGCGAGCGAGUAGACCAGAACGCGAACGCUGGGGCGUCUCGGAACCACUUGCAAACGUACGUGGGCAAGCGAUUUGAGCUGGAUGUUCAAGUCUAUGGCACCGGAGCGAGUGCACAUGGAACAGGAACGUCGCAGCAGAAGUGGAUCUUGUACUUUGACAGCGCCCGGACACUGCAACUCCAGUUUGCGAACGAAGAAGACUAUAGGCCGUACAAUCUGCAUGGUGAAUUGACUACCCCCACUAAAGUUCGACUGGUGGACACGGACUCGUUCACGGGUGUCGCGCGACUUGCUAUUGUCCCACAAGGAGCUCCACAGCAUGCGGUGAUUGCGCUGGAUGAAGGUGCUGGAACAUACCCAGUGAGCUCUUCGAUUUCGACGCAUGUCAACGACGUUGCUGCGUCGUUCUCGUUUUGCUGGAAAACGAAGCAGUUCGCCGAUCAAGCUGAGUCGAACGGGAACGCCAAUUCGACCGCUGAGCUGCUUAUGAUGGCGAACCCGCAUCACGCGGCAACGAUAAAGACCGAUGCUACCGGCGUUCAGGUGCUCGGCCACUUUGGGCAUCGUACGCUGAAAUCGAAUAUGACGGCGGUACUCGGCAGCUGCUGGGAGAUGCAGGAGACCCUACCGAAAGCUUCGUUUCACGACGACAAUGUGCAGAUUCAGCCUCAGUACGUGGAAGCAAUCAAGGUUGCUCUGGCCAACGACUCGAAUGUCACGCCAAGGGCCGAUGACCCGUAUUUCUUUGGAAAAGAGAUCGGCAGCCAGGCUCGUUUGGUUCUUAUUGCCGACAAGCUCAACGAGAAGGAUCUUCGUGACGAUAUUCUCAACAAGCUCGAAGAGUGGUUGACGCCGUGGAUGCUAGGUCAAAACAGUGACCACUUCGUAUACGAUCGCAGCUGGGGUGGCUUGUGCUCUCGGAAUGGACUCAAGGGUGUGUUCUGGAUGACAGACUUCGGCAAUGGCUGGUACAACGACCAUCACUUUCACUACGGCUACUUCUUGUACGCUGUCGCUGUGCUGGGCAAGUAUCGCCCGGACUUCGCGAAGACGCACAAGGCGGCUGUCAUGUCCAUUGUCCGUGACAUUGCUAGCCCAAGUCAGAACGACGCGUUUUUCCCCUUCACCCGCCAUUUCUCUUGGUUCGACAGUCACUCGUUUGCCAGUGGUGUCUACACACUCGACGGUGGCAAAUCUCAAGAGAGUGUGAGUGAAGCCAUUAACGCUUACUACGGCGUGUAUCUGGUAGGCAAGUCUUUCGAGGUCCCCGAGGUGGAGCACAUGGGCCAUCUUCUGCUUGCUUUGGAGAUCCGCGGUGCGCAGACAUACUGGCAGAUGCCAUCUUCCUCGACUAUAUACGAGCCUGUGUAUGCCGCCAACAAGAUGACGGGCCAAGUUGCUGCCACGAAGGUGUCGUAUACGACAUGGUUUGGCCCACAGGUGGAGCACAUGCACCUGAUCAACAUGAUCCCCUUCACGCCAAUUACCGACGCAUUUCUGAAGCCCGCGUACAUUCGCGAGGAGUACCCGAUUUUGCAGCAACAAGCCUUUGGUCGUACAAACGACCCGAUCGAUGAUCGGUGGAAGGGGUAUGCGUACCUGGACCUUGCCAUUAUCGACCCGACGGAAGCGUGGAAAAAAGUGCGAAACAUGACUUUCUUCGACGACGGCAAUUCCCGCACGAAUUCGCUGUUUUGGAUUGCUACACGUCCGACUGCGUAA